AAUCAAGAAAUGUGAAUUUACUGAAUUUAAAAUUUCAAACGGCGGCGCCAUGACCAACAGCACAGAGUUCAUCCUACUUCAUCCAUCAAUCCCAUUCGCAUUCCAUUCGUUCGUUCACUUCGUUCAAUCGAACAACAUUCAUGUUUCGUGUCAUAGCGGUUCUCAAGUUCUCAUUGUUUUAAUUUUAUUGUCAAUUUAGUUUGUGCCUGUUCGUGUUUAUCUAACGAAUUUGCGUGUCCUUAAUUCAUGUUAAUAAGUACAUUUAUUCAGUAUUUAGACUUAGUAUCUGGAAUUGAAGGUGGCAGUUAUAAAUACAGCAGGCACCCGCACUAGAAUACGUUGACAUAAUUUUAGGUUAGGUUAAGCUGUGUUUGUUACAAAAGCUUAAUAAAAUCUCAAUAAACAUUAUAUCUUAAGUGUCACAUGAGAAAUAUUUAGUACAUUGACAUGACCAGUAUUGUGGAUGAUGGUGCCGAACAAACAGCUAGAAAUGAUUUGAAAGAUCAUGCCGGUGACGGUGAUAACUCUGAAAACAAUGGAACAGCGCCACCGACUUCGCUGCCUCAGGGAGAGGAGCAUGCUUCAGUCGUGGCGGCACAUUACAAUCACCUCGAGGAGAAGGGAUUGAAGGAAAGGUUCAACUCUCCUAUAUUUUAUUUGAGAAACUUUAACAAUUGGGUGAAAAGCGUUCUUAUACAAGAAUACACUGAUAAAAUACGGGAAAAAGAUUAUGGAAGACCGUUAAGAGUUCUCGACAUUUGCUGUGGUAAAGGUGGUGAUUUAGGGAAAUGGCAGAAAGCUAGAGUAGAACGUGCAGUUUUCGCUGAUAUUGCUGAGGUUUCAGUGCAACAGUGCCAAACGCGAUAUGAAGAUCUGCGUCGUCGCAGUGGGCGACUUUUUGCCGCGGAGUUUAUUGCAGCAGACUGCACUAAAGAUACUCUAAGAGAUAAGUACCAUGACCCAUCAAUUAGUUUUGAUGUGGUCAGCUGUCAGUUUGGACUACAUUAUAGUUUUGAAAGUUUAGCACAAGCUCGUAGAAUGUUGACCAACAUAUCUGAGUGUUUGAAACCUGAUGGAUAUUUUUUUGGAACUAUUCCUAAUGCUUAUGAAAUAGUAUCACGAGCACAGAAGUCACCUGAUGGAGCUUUUGGAAACAAAAUCUACAAUAUUAAGCUGAUGUUUGACCCGAAGGAUGGCUAUCCGUUAUUUGGAGCCAAGUAUGACUUUCAUUUGGAAGGAGUAGUAAAUUGUCCAGAGUUUCUGGUCAAUUUUCAAUUAUUUGUUAAACUUGCUGCAGAAUAUGGCUUAGAACUUGUUUACAGUGCAGGGUUUGCAGAUUUUUAUAAAGACCAUUGUGAGAAAUACAAAACAUUGUUAAACAGAAUUAUGUGUUUUGAAAGCUAUCCACCUUCACCUGGCAAGGAGCUUAUUGGAGAAGAGACUGAUUAUAAACAUGCUAAAGAACAUUUGGAACAAAUGGAGAAAAAGUCUGAAAGAGAGAGACUUGGAACUAUGAGCCAAAGGGAAUGGGCAGUGGCAACUGUUUAUAUGGCAUUUGCAUUCAAAAAACUGAAGAGUACUUGGGAUGCCAAUGGAAAACCAGUGUAUAGCAAAAGCUCCGCAGAACAAUCAAGAAGUAAAUGACAAACUGUAAUGCAUUGACUACAGCAUUGAUUUGAAUGAUUUGUGGUGACUAGUCGUCCUACAUAUUAAUUUCUAGCUAAUACCCAUCAAAUCCAUGUUAAUUUAAGAUAAUGUGACAGACUGAUGGACAAAGGAAGUUGCACCAUAAGGGUUCCAUUUGUACCUUUUUUGUAUGGAACCCAAAAAUAGACAAGCAUAAUAUCAAUAACUAAAUAAAUACUUACUAUGGUCAAUAGGAAACACUCAAUAAAUGUUGUUAAUAAAACCAUCAGUGCCUGAUAUAAGAACAGUACCUAAACAUCUCCACAUUAAUGUAAAACUAUUAUAAUACUAAUUGCUUGGAUAUGUUUUCAUUAGACAUAUUGACAGGAAUAUCCUCCCUUAAGAUUUGGAAGGCAAUGAAAAAGUCUAAUGAAAAUAACCAAGAAUUAUUCAAAACUCUUAUAAGUUUUGUAUUAAAAUUAAUUGAAAGUCCACCAUUGGUCAGAACAAAGCUGGACAUUUGUGAUUGUUUUUAUUAUUUUAUUUGUGACUAGUUAAUACAAACCUACAAUUAUAUGAAUUGAUU